GUGUGGCAGGCGGUGUUCCCAACAUUUUAAAGGCAUAAUAGUCUGAAUGUGUCACCGGGGAUCAUUUAGAGGAACAUGAAAACUUCCCCAAAUCAGAUAAGGACUGAGGCCGACUUUUGACUGAUGGCAAGAUGAGCCAGCCAGUAUCCUGUCUGUACUUCUCAGACACGCAAACAUUAUGGGUAUAGAAUGUGAUCGGGAAAGUGUUUUGGUACACGGAAAAGAGUAACGCUGUGAUCGUAAGCGCUCUUCCAGAUGGAGACUGACCUGAGGUUGGAGUCAAGUUUGUGGAUCGGUAAUAAGAGAUACCGGGCCGUUCUCACAGGCUGGCAUUUCAAAUGGACUGAGGUAGAUAAGAAGAAUGCUGAUAAGAAAACAGUUUCAGUACCUGUGGCAGAGGUGGUUGGAGUUGAGGAGGGUCGAGUGGAGAUCCUACCGCAGAGGUCAGUUGAGGACACAGACAAAGAUUUCACAGUUUUCUACGUCAAGCGUAGCAGAAGUGGAGGCUCCUGUGGGUUGCUGUGGAGCCUGGGCCGGACCCAGUUCAGCUGCCCCAGUCGGGCCCUCAGAGACCAGUGGAUAAAACAUCUAAGGACUGCCCUCAAAACUCACAGUCCUUUGCGUCCACAUAGACUGUUGGUGUUCAUCAACCCAUUUGGAGGAAAGAAGAAGGGAAGAGAGAUCUACCAUUCACUUGUUGCCCCUCUGUUUGAGCUGGCUGGGAUCAGCUCUCAUGUUAUAGUGACUGAACGGGCUAACCAGGCCAGAGACCACCUCUUGAAGAAAGAUCUGACAGGCUUUGAUGGUGUGGUGUGUGUGGGUGGCGACGGCAUGUUCAGUGAAAUACUUCAUGGUUUGAUUGGGCGGACACAACAAGAGGCAGGCCUUUGUGAGAGUGAUCCCACUGUCACGUUGCAGCCAUGCCCACUUCAUAUGGGCAUCAUCCCUGCAGGUUCUACAGACUGUGUAUGUUACGCCACAGUGGGAGUUAUUGAUCCUGUUACUUCAGCUUUGCACAUCAUUAUUGGAGACUCUCAGCCAUUAGAUGUGUGUUCAGUUCAUCAUGCCUCUUCGGUGCGCUACUCAGUAUCUCUGGUGGGGUAUGGCUUCUAUGGGGACGUACUGGUUGAGAGUGAAAAGCACCGCUGGAUGGGACCUCUCAGAUAUGACUAUUCAGGCACAGUAGUGUACCUGAGCAACAGAAGCUACGCUGGUGUAGUUCAAUAUCUACCAGCAGACCCGCUGCUCUCCAGCCCUAGAGAUAAAACACGCUGCCUCUCAGGGUGCAGCGUGUGCUCUAAAAGUACAGAACGACUUUUCCCACACACCUCUGAUUCGGGCUCCCUGUACAGCUCCCACUUCAGCCAGUACAGCAAUGAUUCUGAAGGUGAAUGGGUAAGUGUGGAAGGCAGGUUCAGGUGUAUAUCUCUCACUUGUAUGUCCAGCUCAUGUGCCAGGAGUCCUUUAGGUCUCUCUCCGUCUGCUCAUCUGGCAGACGGAACAGGGGAUCUCAUCCUAGUAUGGGACACUCACCCUCUGAACUUCCUCAAGUUCCUCCACAGGCACACAAGCACACAGGACCAGUUUGACCUGCCAUUUGUGGAGGUCCACCGUGUGAAGGCAGUCCGUUUCUCUCUGCCAGAAGGCAGAGAGGAAGGAGGACAUGAAGAAAUCGGACAGCUGAAUUGCAGAAUAGGUGAUGAAGAGAGAGAAUGCGUGGACACUGUAAGCAGAAACGGAUCUCAGCAGCACUUGGCGCAGAGCGUCGUGGGGCGAGAAAUAAUGAAUAAGCACAAAAUGGUGACUCCCAUCCUGUGUGGUUUGUGCUGCAAAAAGACUCCAACUGUGUCAGUGUGGAACUGUGAUGGAGAGAUUCUGCCUUUCAGUGAGAUCUUCUGCAAGAUCCACGGUCAGCUGGUGCGUCUGUAUGCCAGAGGUAUUGAGGACGGAUCGGCCAUGCAUAGCUGCAGCCAAGGAAGUGACAAGAGUAAAAGUAGAUGCAUUCUCUAUGAAUAGUCUAAAUUCUUGAUGAGGGGGAAAAAGUGAAAAAUGGAGUGUUUGUAUCAUGGGACUGAUUUGUGAAUUUAUUUUAAAAAAUAGUCAGACUCGCAGUCUGUGAUUGCCAAAACAUCCCUAACCUUUCAGAUACUUCUAUACAUUAUUUUCAUUGUAAUAAUUUUUUCUUCUUAAAUGUGUGUGUGUGUGUUGGUUUACUGUGCCUUGGUAAUUUUUUGAGCUGCUUUUUGUCAUUGAACUACUUUAACUUGUACUGUAUACAGUGAGCGAGCAGCUCUUGUUCUGUAAAUUCUAUUUAUGUGCACAAGUUUCCAGACAAAGUCAUGGGAAAUGUAAACGGAAAUUAAAAGACA